UCUCACUUGCUUUUUCAUCUCCCUUCUGAAUGUCCUGUAGUCAGCUAGGUUGUCAAUUGUAUUUUCUACCUGGCAUGAUCAUUAGCAAACUUCUUCUUUAAUCUAUUUUCUAUCUCCUUUGUCAACCAGGGUAUUCUGGAUUUGUUUGUCCUACCUUUCCCUUUUAAAGCAUGUGCUCAGUACCUCCUGUUUGAUGGUAGCCUUUGAAAGUAUUGUUCAGCUCCUAUUUUUCCCACCAAUCUUUAAUUCCAGUCUCUGGCUCAGCUCUAUUCUUACCGCAUUAAGUCAAUUCUCUGUCAGGUGAUUGAAUGUGAUUUUCCACCAUCACCCUAAACCUUCUGCUACAAUCAUCAUUGACCCUUAAUGACACUUGAUCACCUCAUUUCAAAGGAUGGUUCAGCUGUGCCUCCUUUCUUGCUGGGCUGGACACAUACUGCUGUAGGAGAUUCUCCUGCACACAAUAUGAGAGUGCUUACCCCUCAUGUCCCUGACAAUACCACUAUCGAAGAUAUAUACAGUCAGUAAAGUCCCUAUUCUAUUUUAUUUAGACCGCUAUAAUUUAUUUUAAGAUUUUUCUCCCUACAACCUUCUCACACCCCUGCUGCGUUAGGUUAAACCUUCCCUGACAGCACUGGAAAAUCUACAAAGACCUCAGAUUCAGCUCUGUCCAGUUUGUAACUUGUCUGACUUGUACAGCUGCUAGCUGUCCACAGUCCAUUCCCGUGUCCUAACCUCUCCACUGCACCAUCACUUGAGCCUUGUUUCCAAUCUUUCAUUUUGCUUCUUUCAAUUUUGUACUCAUUUUCAUAUGGAACUUGGAGUAAUCCAGAAAUUGCUACUAGUAGAGGUCGUACUUGCUAAUUGCAUGACCACUAUUCCCCUUUCAACCUAAUGUCAUUAGUACCAAUGUGGACCACAACCUCUGGCUGUUCUCCCAAUCUGAGAAGGUUCUGUGACAACUGGUUUAUCAGUACUUCAAAGCACCAGAUGCAGCAGAAAUUAAAUUCUGAUAAUUAUCCAGAACGAUGUCUUCAGUACUUGAAUUCCUACAUUGAUAAUUUAAGAGACAAUGACAUGACCAUCGAAGAUUUUAUGUGUGACAGAUGGAUCAAGAAUGUUAACUUUCUGAUCAAUCAGCAUCUGCAAUCUGAUGUGAGGAACUUGAUAUACAAGGAAUUGAAAGCACACAAUGUAACAUCCCUGGGUCCUGAAAAACCAGCUAUCCAUUUAAUUGGACAGCACAGAAGCAAGCCUCCAAAGAAUGUGCCACCUUAUUUUGCCCGUGCAGAUGGACAUGAUAUCCUCUACUGGAACAACAUAAAAGGAUAUGCAGUACAUCAAGGUGGCAUAAAAUACUAUCAUGGAGAAAUUACUAUUCCAAGAAAUGGCAUCUACUACUUAUACUCCCAAAUUUAUUUCUGGCAUAUACCAGAACCAGAUGGAGAAAAUCAACAGUACAAUCUCUUUCUGCAGUACCUUUACAAGAUGUCCAUGAAUUAUAAUGAUCCUAUUCUUCUAACAAAAGCUAUUUCUACAAAAUGUUGGUCAAAAGAGUCCAAAUUUGAUGCGUACACAAGUUUUCAAGGAGCUCUGUUUGAACUGCAGCGAGGGGACAAACUAUUCAUAAAAGUAACAAAUGCAAGUGCUGUAGAUGUUAAUGAAGGGGCAACAUAUUUUGGUGCUUUCAUGAUUUUUUAGAUUUAACAAUUAAACCUGUGAUCACAUCAGUUUAAACUGAAAUUUUGUAUAACAAUAACUGAUAUUAGAAGUCAAUUACAAUUUAAGAGUCAAUUAUGGUUUCAGGUCUGCCAUAUCCCCAAAUGCAUGAAUACAGCCUCAUAAUCAGAAAAAGAUACAAAAUUAUGUAUUUAAUGUCCUACAGAUUACUCCUGCUGUUUACAUAAAAAAAAUCAGGAAAUUGAGGGAUAUGGGAACUGUGAGUAAUGAGACUAGGGCUACUUGCUGGUAAAAUUAUCCACGUGAAUAUAAGGAGUACACAAUUUGAUUGCAAAUGCACAAAGAAAAUAAGUUUCUGCUGUGUUAAGCACAGAAUCCAAGUCAUAUAUAAUGGAUACAUCCAAGCCUGAUGAAAUGCAUGGGCUGAGUCAAUUGAUCUAUUGUCAAACAAUGGGGAAACCCUUGAGCUAGUAAGUGAAACAGUAAAUUGUAAAUUUUGGAAAUGAACUGUAGGUGAGGUAGCACCCAAAAGGGGAAAGUGGGUUGACCGUUGUGAGAUCCUUGCCCAGGUUUUGCAUUUACCGGCAUUUCUUCUUUCACUUAGUGACCUAUAGCCAGCUGCAUAUUUAUAUUGACAAAAACAAGAGACAGUUUUUAUAAAUCCCAUAAUUGUAUGAGCAAUUAUAAUUUUAGAUGAGGUCUUUAUUUUGAAUUUUGCUUUAGAGUGAGCUUAUAGCUUAGAAAUCAUAUGUGUUUUUGAUUCCAAAAGGAUAGAACAUUUUGAAUACAAAUGUAUAGGAUCCAUGACAACAAAAAACAUCACAAUGGUAUUUAUCUCAUUAGGAGGAGAUCUGUAUCAGGUGCUUUGGCUUUGGGUUAUGAUGUUUUGCUUUAUUGUGGUGCACUGUGAGUUGGUAAAAUGGGAAUCUUAAUUGUUGAGUUUGCUACAUGGAAAGAUUGUAAAUUUGGCACAGCCACAGGGAGGGAAUGAUCUUACUUCUCGCUUUGAGGAAGAAUACAAAAAUUGAGGCAAGAUGCCCGCAAGCUGACAUGACAUGCCUCUUAAUGGCUAUCUUGAGAGUAGUGUGAAAGUUGCUUGAAAACAAGCACCUGUCCGCAGGAUCAUGUUUCUGCCAAAUAAAAUGUUUGCAUUUUUUAAAAAUAAAAAUCCUUUUAUAUAAAAUUUA